AGCUAUUGUCCAAAUCCCUCUUCUAAUAAUUAACUUCAGACUCUCUUUCUCUCUAGCUCUUUCUAUCUCUAACAGCAACUCAAACUCUCAAGUCUCUCAUGGAAAGAACCAAAAGUAUACCCCUACAGCCCCCAACUUAUGGAAACCUAAUCACUGUUCUAAGCAUUGAUGGGGGUGGAAUAAGAGGGCUUAUCCCAGGAACUAUCCUUGCUUUCCUAGAAUCCGAGCUUCAGAAGCUGGAUGGCGAGGAUGCAAGACUGGCAGAUUAUUUUGAUGUGAUUGCAGGAACAAGUACAGGUGGUCUUGUGACUGCCAUGCUCACAGCCCCGGAUGAGAACAACCGUCCUCUGUUCGCUGCCAAUGAUAUUAAGGAAUUCUACCUUAAUGAGUGCCCUAAAAUCUUCCCCCAGAAGACGUUUCCGUUGUUUCCUCAUGUUACAAAGAUUAUCAAAGCUCUAACAGGACCAAAAUACAACGGGAAGUAUCUACAUAGCUUGGUGAGGCAAAAACUGGGUGACAAAAAACUGCACCAAACAUUGACUAACGUUGUGAUUCCUACAUUUGACAUAAGGAGUCUCCAGCCAACAAUCUUUUCCAGCUUUGAGGUGAACCACAAGCCAUGCUUUGAUGCCUUACUCUCAGACAUAUGCAUUGGAACCUCAGCAGCACCAACUUAUCUUCCAGCUCAUUAUUUCAAAACCAAGGACGGUGAAGGAAACGUUAAAGAAUUUAACCUUAUCGAUGGUGGAGUGGCUGCAAAUAAUCCGACUUUGCUUGCUAUUGGUGAAGUGACAAAGGCAAUAAUCAAGGGGAGCUCCGACUUUUUCCCUAUAAAACCUAUGGACUAUGGCCGAUUUCUGGUGAUAUCAUUAGGAACUGGCUCACCAAAAGAUGAGGUGAAGUACAAUGCACAUGAUGCAGCUAAAUGGGGCUUGUUGAAUUGGUUAACCAGCGGUGGUUCCACCCCAAUCAUUAAUGUUUUCAGCUACGGUAGCGCAGAUAUGGUUGAUCUUAACCUUUCUGUGGUUUUCCAAGCCCUUCACUCCGAGAAAAACUACCUUCGAAUUGAGGAUGACACGUUAACCGGGCAUGUAUCUUCUGUGGACAUAUCCGAUAAGAAGAAUUUGGAUGAUCUUCUGAUAGUUAAUGGAUUAUCUGGAAUCAGGAUUUCAGCAAAUUUAAGAAAAAGAAUGGAUAAGUCACUUUUUACUUGCAGCUAA